CACUCCACAAGUCUUCUCUAUCUUCCAGUACAACUCAAGCUUCAUUAUGGUCAACUUUGUCUCCAUUCUCAGCGGUGCUGUCGCAGCGACCUCCCUCAUCAGCACUGUAGCCGCCCAUCCGGGCGAGCAUCACGAUCAUGCACAAAUCAAGCGUGAAAUCGACAUCCGUCAGAUGCGUGCUGCGGCUGCGAAACGCUCCCUUGAAACCUGCCAAGGUUCGCUGAGGCAUCGCGACCUGAUGGCACGUUCUGUUGCUCGUCGUUCGAACGCACUCAACAAGCUCCGCCAGAAGCGUAACAUCGCCGCUGAACCGAAGAAGUUCCGCCGUGAUCUUGCUACGCUGCAGGCAUUCGAAGCUGCCAAUCACAACCAGACUGGAGUUCUCGACUACAAUGAGUUCACUGAUGCAAGCACCAUCUUCUCUGCCAACACCUCAUCCAUUCUCGCACCCGAGAUCACCGAUGGCCCAUACUACGUCACUGGCGAAUACAUCCGCAAGGAUGUGACGGAAGGUCAACCCGGUGUUGGCCUGUAUCUCGAAGUCCAAUACAUCGAUGUCACGACAUGUGAGCCAGUGCCCAAGUUGUUUGUCGAUGUCUGGAAUUGCAAUGCCACGGGUGUCUACAGUGGUGUUGAGAGUGGGCAGGCUGGGUUGAACUCCACCUUCCUUCGUGGUGUCCAGGAAACUGACGAGGAUGGCGUGGUCGCCUUUGAGACGAUCUUCCCCGGUCAUUACGACGGCCGUGCCACCCACACUCACCUUCUCACCAAGUCCAACGUCACAGUCCGCGACAACGGAACCACCGGCUCCGAUGGCGCAGUCACCCAUAUUGGCCAAGUCUUCUGGCAAGAGGAGCUUCGAUCCGCAGUUGAGGUUUUGGAGCCAUACAACUCGAACACGCAAGCCGUCACCACGAACGACGAGGAUAUGUGGUCGGUUCUUCAGGCUGAGAACGACUUCGAUCCGUUCCCAGAGUUCAUCUACCUCGGCGAUGAUGUCUCCGAAGGUCUUUUUGCCUGGAUCCAGAUUGGUAUCAACUCUACGGCUGACUGGUCCGACAAUGAAUACUACCAAGUUGCUGCCGACUAUGAGCAAGGCGGCGGUGUUGCUGGAGCGGGAUUCAGCGUUGGUGGCGGUAACGGAACUAUGGGCAAUGGAACCAUGCCUUCUGGUGCUAUGCCUUCAGGCGCUGUUCCCACUGCCUAGAUCCGAGCUGUAGUCAGCUGAGUUGAUACAUGGUUGCGAGAGAAAGGGCAGGUGUGUUGAAAGGAAUGUGAGGGGCUCUUGCACCAACGUCUGUCAGGUAGCGGGCCUGUUCAAUAUACUCGCAUGGUAUCAUUCCGCAAUAUAGAGGUGCAUGGCUUUGGCGUUUUUAGCAAUUUAUUUCUACUUACCAAAAUAUGUCUCCUGCGUGAUCCAAUGCGAUUCCAAGGUCCUUCAAAUAUUUUAACGAAUCUUGCCGUUCUCAAUAUUAGUGCUUUCCCAACAUUCAAUAUGCUUUAGGCCAUUGCCGCCGAGAUCUUAU